AUGUGGAAGCCAAAGAAAAUCUCAUCCAGAAAUUACAAGCUGAGGGCUUGGUUACUUAAAGGACCACCUAGUCACAUUCAGCAAUAUAUGGGAAAAUACCAUCAACUUCAAAGGACUUUAAAUGGCCUGCUCCUGAUUUCUGUUAUUUCUUGUACAGCUCCAAUAUCCAUUCUGCGAGGCUGUCGGAGCAGAGUCCACCACCUUCUCCAUUUGAUUUGGAUGGCAUCAUGGUAUGGGUUCUUCGCCCUUGUCUCAUACUGGGAGUUCACACGGAUUACACUUCAAAAGGUUUCACUCGAUCGGUAUUUAAACGCCGUGGAAUCCGGAAUCUACAUAAUUCAUAUUGCUUCUAUCCUCUUACUAACACUUCAAUGGAGACACCGAAUUUCUUACGUCCUAGAGGACAUAGUUAAAUCGGAUAUGGAACGAGGUUAUAGCAUUGAUAGCAGACGAAGCAAGAGAUUCAUUCGAUUCCAACUCCUGCUGGUCUGGACGUUUACCUGCCUGGCAAUAUGCGUUGAUUUUUGGAGCAAAAAAUGCGAUGUUCACAGAGCGAUCCUAAGCAUCACUAGCUUCGUUAUGCCCAAUAUUAUCAGUAGCCUUUCCUUUGUCCAGUAUUAUGUGCUGCUUCGGGAAAUUGCUUGGCGGCAGGAAAAGGUUACAGAUUAUUUAGAACGGGAGCUGUACUUGUUGGCUAUACCACGAAAAGCAGAGAUUCAGAAGUUUCGAUUACAGCACGCGGAGUUGACGCACUUCACCAGACUUGUCAACCGAAACUAUCAGUACUCCAUUGUGCUGCUCUUCGUGGGCUGUUUCCUGAACUUUAAUUUGGUUCUGUUUCUGGUGUACCAAGGAGUGGAGAACCCAGCCCUCUCCAACUGGCCCAAUGGGAUAUAUAUGCUUCUUUGGUUAGCCAUGCACAUGGGAAAAGUUUUAAGCAUCCUGUAUUUUAACCAGAAGGUUCUGGGAGAGCAUACCAGGUGCUUGAUUGUAUUAAACGGAACCCCGAAUCCGCAUAUUGAUCUCCAGGACAUCUUUAACCACUUUAUCCUUCAGUUGACUACCGAUGUGCGCCAGCAUGUUGCGGCAGGUAUCAUUUCCCUGGAUCUGAAAUUCUUAACAACUCUUUUGGUGGCCUCUGCCGACUUCUUCAUCUUCCUGUUGCAAUAUGAUGUCACGUAUGAAGCUUUAGCUAAGUCUGUCCAGGGAAAUAUUACUAGGACAUAA